GAUAAAGCAGCCUAUGACAUUCUGAGGACAUGUUCUCAGUGUGGCAUCCUGCUUCCCCUGCCGAUCCUAAAUCAACAUCAGAAAGCAAGUGAUUGCUUUCCUUUCCUCAUUUUUGGAAGCCCUGCCUAACACACAGCUGCACUGUACAUCCCAGUUCCUGGAUGGACGAAGAAAGUGAACUGAUCCAGCCCCAAGACCAGAGCUGCUGGGCCUUUCUGCCUGAUUUGUGUCUGUGCCGUGUUUUCUGGUGGCUAGGAGACAGGGACAGGUCCAGGGCUGCUCUUGUCUGCAGAAAGUGGAACCAGAUGAUGUAUUCUGCUGAGCUCUGGCGGUACAGAACCAUCACCUUCAGCGGGAGACCUUCCAGGGUACAUGCAUCUGAAGUUGAGUCAGCUGUUUGGUAUGUUAAGAAGUUUGGUCGUUAUCUGGAGCACCUGGAGGUCAAAUUCAUGAAUCCUUACAAUGCUGUCUUGACCAAGAAGUUCCAGGUCACCAUGCGGGGCCUCCUGUCUUGUCUGAGUAAGAGCAACAACCGUCUGAAAUCUCUUUCCAUCCAAUACCUGGAGCUGGACCGCCUGGUAUGGAGGAACAGCAUCAGGAGCUCAUUCAUCAGCAGCUUGAGCUUCUUCUUAAAGAAGAUGGGCAAACGCCUGGAUUAUCUCAACCUAAAAGGGGCCAGGCUGACCGUGGAGCAAGGCUGCCAAAUUCUCGACUCCCUCAGCUACAUGAGGAAUGAGAAUGUGAUCUCAGAGCUCAACAUCGAGGACUAUUUCAGCCAUCACCUUGCUGUCUACAACAGCCCCCAGUUCAAAAAGACCAUGUCCACAUUCCACAAUCUUGUGUCCCUGAACCUCAACUACAACUGUAUCUCCGACGAGCUGCUUGAGAACUUGUGUGAGAAUGCCAGCACCCUCCAGACCAUCAACAUCAAAUGCCACGUUCAUGACCCCCACGGACAGGUCAUCUGGGGUAUGUCCUGGGCUAAGCUGGCCAGGCAGGCCACCAAUCUGAAGGUGAACUUCUUCUUUGAACGGAUCAUGAAGUACGAACGCUUGGCCCGAAUCCUCUUGCAGGAGAUCCCGAUCAGGAGCAUCAGUCUGAGAAGCUGCUAUUUCAGUGACCCAGACUAUUCAAUGAGACCCACUCUGAUAGAUCUCCUGCCCACCUUCCGGCACACUCUGCAGAAAUUAACUUGUGAAUUCAACAACAACCAUGAGUCACUCGACGAGGAGCUGCACCUCCUCAUCAUAUCCUGCAGGAAGUUGUUUUACUUCAAAAUCUGGGCUUUCCUUGAUGUUAGUUUUGUGGAGCGGAUCCUGAAGAGUCAGAAAGAACGGCAGUGUGCCCUGCGUGUAUUCAAGGCGAGAAUUUAUACAAACAGAUAUGAGACGAAUGAAGAGGACAAGACCCUGCAGGAAAUUUACAGGAAGUACAGAAAGCUGAUCGAAUCAGAGCUUACCUAUUUUGUCAUCGUUUACUCUGUGAUGUAAUGAGCGCUCUACAGAUGAAGAAAGCUGGGAGCACUUUGAACUUGAAAAUCAUUUCUCUUAGAACUACACUUGGGCACUGCCAGCCCUUUUGCUCCUCUCUCUCCCUCCCUCCUUUUUUUUGUCAGCUCCAUGACAACAUGACCAGCUCAGCAAAGGCUGAGACUGCCCAUGACCUGAAGGCUCCAGGUGGCUUUAAAGCGCUAUGUUUACCAACUAUCCCGGUGUCAUUUCUCUUUUUGUCAGUUUUGCUUUUUGACACCCUCACUCAUCCACAGAGCUAAAAACCCAAAGCCACUCAGAGUAGCUUCCUUUUUUUUUUUUUGAGAUGUAUUGACGAAAAGAGUCAAACUCUGUAAAAUAUUUUUAGAGAUUUAUUCUGAGCCAAAUAUGAGUGACCAUGGCCUGUGAUACAGCCCUCAGGAGGUCCUGAGAACAUGUGCCCAAGGUGAUUGGGGUACAGCUUGCUUUUAUAUAUUUUAGGAGGCAAGAGACAUCAAUCAAAUAGAUUUAAGAAAUAUAUUGGUUUGAUUCAGAAAGGCGGGGCAACAAAGCAGGGGCUUCCAGGGUAUAGGUAAAUUUAAACAUUUUCUGGUUGACAAUUGGUUGAGUUUAUCUGAAGACCUGGGAUCAACAGAAAAGAAGUGUUUGGGUUGAGAUAAAGGAUUGUGGAGACCAAGUUUUACUGCUCAAAGGAAGCUCUCAGAUAGCAGACUUCAGAGAGAGCAGGUUGUAAAAUGUUUCUUAUUGGAAUUAGAACGGUCCCUGGCUCUUAGUUGAUUAUCUCCUAGAACCGGAAAGGAAGGAAGGAAAACAAAGGGGAGAGGAGAUUCUCUAUAGAAUAUGGAUUUUUCCCACAAGAGACUUUGCAGGGCAAUUUCAAGGUAUGGCAAGAAAAUAUAUUUUGGGAUAAAACAUUUUGAUUUUCUUCCUUGUUAUGCCAGAGUCAGAUUGGAAAGUCACUAUAUACAGGGUUAACUAAAACCCAUCUAAUUAGAAUUUAUGGCUUGUAGGGCAUGAUUCCUCAGACCCCUUAGAUAGGAAUUUGGGCAAGAUUAAAAAAAAAAAAAUCAGAGCUUAGUCCUCAGACAGAGUCUCAUUCUGUUGCCCAGGCUAGAGUGCAGUGGUGCAAUCUCGGCUCACUGCAACUUCUGCCUCUCAGGUUCAAGCAAUUCUCCUGCCUCAGCCUCCAAGUAGCUGGGAUUACAGGCAUGCACCACCAUGCCCAGAUAAUUUUCAUAUUUUUUGUGGAGAUAAGGUUUCACCACGUUGGCCAGGCUGGUCUCCAACUCCCGGCCUCAAAUGAUCCACCUGCCUUAGCCUCUCAAAGUGCUGGGAUUACAGGCGUGAGCCACCGCACCCAGCGCCAGAAUAGACUCUUACUAGAGGACCCUGACUCUUGCUAACCUGUGCACCUGAAAGGGUGUGUGUAACCAUUAAGCAAAUAGAAUCACGUUUUCUACUAACCGACAUUAUCAGUUUAGAAAUCCUUUGUAUCCACUGACCUUCAUGGGGGAGUCUCCUGACAUUGACAUUGUCAUUGUCUGGGCCCAAUCUCAGAUGCAUAGAAAUCUCCAGCCUGCCCUUGGGUGAAGCAGGAAAAGCCCCACUUUUAGGAGGAGCCUGCUCAGAGCUGGAACUCCCUCCCACAGAAAGAACUCAGCACCUGACUUAAUGGCAUCGUGGACUCGAAUCUCCUUCCUCUGUUUUUCCUGUGUCUCCUUUAUUUUUCCACAAAUAUGCUGAGACCGGGUCUGUGAUGUUGAACAUAGAUGUGAAUGGCCAAGUUUGAUGGCCCCAAACCUGGCUUUUGGAGCCAGGUGUCUGGAUGAGUACUGGCCUGCCAUGAACUUGUCUUGUGCCUUGGGGCAAGAAUUUAACCUCCCUGAGUUUCAGCUUCUCUGUGUGUAAAUGAAGAAAAAAAUUAAUUACAUGCAUUGCAACACACACACCUGGCCCGUGUUGGCUUUUAUCUUGUUUGAUGUAUGAAGGAACAGGCUCUAAGGAAGUUAACUUACCCCGAGUCAUACAGCCAGUUUGUGGCAGAACUAAUACCAAAGUCUCCAGAUUUAGAACCCAAGACUCUUUCUUCCACCCAAACAACAAAAUGAGAAGAACCCAUUCCCUCUCCCUUCCUCCACCCAGCUUGUCUCGACAGUUAUUAAAGUGAUCACUGGUUGAGUGUUUACAUGCUAGACAUAAAUUCACCUAGUUUCAUUUAAUCCUCACACAGCUCUAGAAAGCAGAGACUACUGUUAUCCCUCUUUUACAGGGAUCCUGAAGGAUUGGCAAGUCUAACCUGCCCCGGUCACACAUUUAGGAAGUUCUGGAAGUGAGUGUCAAACCCAAUCUAAUUCCAGAGCUCUGCUCUUAAUUCCUACGUAUUAUCCCCACAGCAAGAGGAUUUGGGGUCUGUUGUACCGUAAUUCUAUUAAGUGAAGAGCAUGGUCGGAAGAGAGGAUCGAUGAUAAUAAUAAAUUCCUGAGCCCAUGCCAUAGACAUUGUAUUACUUCUGGUCCUUUGGGGGUUUUGUGCAUGCAGUGGCAUAGAGUUCUGUUUUUCAAUAGAUAUAAAUUAACAAAAUCUCAGAACACUUUUAACAAGUGACAUUUCAGAUUUUGUUUGUCUUGCCUCUUGUGUGCUGUGCCCAUAUUUUUGCUUAGCUGAGGUUUUCAGAAGUGAGAAGUGUUGGUGACAUUGUCAGACAAAGGAUUUGCAACUGUUAUAGACUCACCAUCCACCACAUGGCACUCACAGGUAGCAUUUAUUCACAAACAGACCUCAAGGACUCCAAAAUACUGAAGAUUUCCCAUGGUAUCCAGAGAUGAUGAGGGAACGAGGGUCUGUGCCAGCUUGAGCAACAGGCACCCAUCAGUAUGGCUUGUUACUGACACAUUAAUCUCCAUGGCAACAGAAAGCUAUCCUUUCCUUAAUUUUAACCAUCCCAACAAAUUCGAGAAAUGCUAACUCCCUCCAAUAAAGAGUUUGUGAACCU